AUGAACGCACAUAAUGGUCGGAGACGAAAUUCACGCGCACGAAACACACAAGGUGAUAUUCAAGAUCCCUAUAUUUCCUCCACGGUCCGUAUCUCUCACCAAACUAUCACUAAACCAAGAAUAAGAAACAUCAGAACUGAUUGUAUUGGAUUCUUUCAUCCUCACACAAAUUCAUCAACUAGUGUGACCACUAGUGCUGAAGACUUGUCUACAUCGAAGGCUCUGAUAUUAGUUGGAAUAAUAUUUGUAUCAUCCCUGGUAGCUUUGGGGCUGCUAUACAAACAGUUUCCAGAUUUAGAAGAGCAUGAAAAACAACAUUUGCAUUUACCGUGGGACCUUGAAGAUGCUAAAUAUUUAGGUUUAGUCCUAGACCGUUAUAAGGAAAAGUAUUUUUACGAAGUAUUAUUUGGAGUGUUCUUAGUUUACAUAUUUUUGCAAACAUUUGCAAUACCUGGGUCUAUUUUUUUAAGUAUCCUUUCAGGUUUCUUAUUCCCAUUCUACCUAGCACUACUCUUAGUAUGCUGCUGUUCUGCAAUAGGUGCAAGUUUAUGUUUCUUCUUGUCUAACCUUCUUGGUAAGAAGUUAGUGAAGAAAUUCUUCCCAGAAAGAGCUAAGCAAUGGGCUAAAGCAGUGACUAAGCACAAAAAUAAUCUGCUCAACUACAUGAUAUUUUUGAGGGUGACACCCUUUUUACCAAACUGGUUCAUCAAUAUGUCCGCACCUGUGAUAGGUGUGCCAUUAGUACCAUUUGCUUUGGGAACAUUCAUAGGAGUAGCUCCACCAUCAUUUGUGGCUAUCAAAGCUGGACAAACUCUACACACAUUGACAUCAACAAGCGACGCAUGGUCGUGGACCUCGGUGACAGUACUAAGUGUAUUCGCACUCAUCUCUCUAGUACCAGUAUUCCUCAAAGACAAGCUGAGAGAAAAGUUUGAAUGA